AUGCAUUUAUAUCGACACAUUUCCGUUCUACUGUGCUUCUCGUUAUUGACCAUCGAAACCAAACGGCCCGAACGAGAAAUAAUCGAAAGAGCCAAACGGCAUUUGCUGCAAAGGGAAAAGGAGUACCUAAAGUCGCAACCGUUGAGCGAAAAUCUGCGAAAAUUCAUCGAGAAAUUCAAACGGAAAGCUCGUAAAACCAGAUCUGCAGGCGAUGCCUCAUCGACCUCCACCGCAUCAACUACUAUUUCGUCUUAUUCGUCAUCAACUUCAUCGAGUACGAAGUUUGUUAAUCAGUCCGAAUCAUCAGCAUCGACGACACAAUCGCUGAAUGAUUCCUCCACGUGCACCGCAGGCGAUUACGACAAAAUCGAAACCGACGACUACGAAUUGGACCAAGAGGAAACGACCACGCAGAGAAAGGAGCUGCUGGGCAAAGUGAUGAAGGACGUCCAGGAGCUGAUUAGGUACGAGAACGCCGCCAAAACGUCCGAAGGAGACGCCAGCUUGUGCAACAUAACAGGAGAUUUCGACAGCUUCGCCGGAGGCAUGCAGAUCAGGUUCUAUAGCAGGCUGCACCCGAACAAUCCCACUGUAAAAAUCGUGCCGCAGGACCCUCCGACGAACGGGUUCCUGGCCGAAGGCACUUGGAACGCCACCUCGAUGGUGCCCUUCAGGCACUCCUCUUUGGUGGCCAUCACCGCGGUGUCCAACAAAGGUAAGAAAAUCGCGAAUUUCCUGGGAGAGUGCCGGAUCUGCGACGGCGCCGAGAGCAUCACCGGCCAUUGGAUGAUCAGGCGCCGGUCGAAAAACUGCAAGGACAGAGAAGAGGCCAAUUCGUUCGUCAGCGACGUGCUGAGAAGGAACAACGCGAGGACGUGGCGCAAGCAACACCUCAAUCAAGUCUCCACCACCGACAACGUCGAUUUGUCGAAUUAAUUUUCGCGUCGUUUACAAUGUUAAUAGGAAGGCAAUA